AUGGCCAAGAUAGCAGAGAAUUUAACAGUUCCUGCCGCAGCUGUAACCACGGGAGGUUCACUUCCUGUAGGAGAAGAUCCAGGAGGGGGGGUUGACCAUCAGUGGUCUCCUGAGGAGGAGGGGUCGUCGGUUCAGGGACACCAGGAGGGCAAUGCCAAUGAUCACCGUGGGGAGAGCAAGUUUCGGUCGGCUCAGGACCAUCAGUGGUCUCCUGAGGAGGAGGGGUUGUCGGUUCAGGGACACCAGGAGGGCAAUGCCAAUGAUCACCAUGAGGAGAGCAAGUUUCGGUCGGCUCAGGACCAUCAGUGGUCUCCUGAGGAGGAGGGGUCGUCGGUUCAGGGACACCAGGAGGGCAAUGCCAAUGAUCACCGUGGGGAGAGCAUGUCCCAGUCGGCUCAGGAUCUGACGUGGGCUCGGAUGUAG